AUGUAUUAACAAAACUAAGUUAUGUAUCAAUAACAUCCUAAUUAACAAAUUCCAGUAUAACAACAUCGGGAUUACAAUGUUCCUCCUCCUGGUAUUAUGAUGGUUGAUUGAAUUCUAAGGUUAUAAAGCUCCGAGGUAUCCUAGAGAAGAGUUGCCUGAAAAUUAAGAGCAGAAUUUAGAUUUAGGUGGGUCAUAUUAGAGUUAUCUUUAUAAUUGUGGAGAAUGUUGUGGUAAUUGUAAAGCAGUUUGCCCAUGUAAUCCAUUUGUUGAAUAUCCAUAUGUUCAAGUUGAAUAGAGCUUUGUUGGAGUGUAUUUACGUUUUGGAAAGUAUAUAAAGACAGGUAUAAACAUAAUAAUAAUAUAGUUUAACCUGGAUUGAUAUACAUAAAUCCUUGUACUGAUACAAUUUAGAAAGUAGAUUGUAAAGUUUAGAUGAUCGAUUGUCCAAGAUAAUAAGUUAUGACAAAGGAUAAUAUUUUAGUUAGCAUUGAUGCAACAGUUUAUUAUAGAAUAGUUAUACCUAGAAGAUCAAUCUUUUAUAUCAAUGAUCUGCAUUAAGCAGUAACUUAAUUAACAUUGGCUACAAUAAAAAGUAUUGCAGGAUCCCAUACAUUGCAAGAUUUAUUGGAGAAGAGAGCAGAGGUAUAAUAAUAAAUAGAAGGGUUUGUGGAUGAACAUGUUUGGGAAUGGGGAAUAGAUAUUGAAAAUAUGUUAAUUAAGGAUAUUCAAUUGAAUGCUGAUUUAUAGAAUACUUUAUCAAUGGCAGCGAAAGAAUAAAGAGCUGCUUAAGCUAAAGUUAUUUCAGCUUAAGGAGAUGUAUAAUCAGCCAAAUUGAUGAGAUAAGCAGCCGAAUUAUUGGAUUCUAAAGCAGCUAUGCAAAUUAGAUAUUUAGAUACAAUAACAACCUUAGGAUAACAAGGAUCAACUAAAGUAGUGUUGCUUCCUACAGAUUCUAAAUGA